AUGUUCAAGAUGACCAACAUCGGCAGGAUUGACGAAAUCGAAAGCUUCGGUGCAAUUGGUAAAAUCGGCAUCAUCAGAGAAAAAAAUCAGCAACUUUGGCUCAAAACUAUCGGCGAAGUCGUCAACUUUGGCCACAUCGUCGAUUUCCUUGCCAUUAUUGCCGCCAGCGAAAUUCUCGAGUUUGAUGACAAUAGCAGCAUUAACAACAUCAACGAAAUCAGCGAAACCGAACAUUUUCUUGACCUCUGCCACAACAACAGCAUCAGCUUUGUUGGCGCCUUAGUCAGACCUGCUGAGACGGCGUCGCCGCAAACGGGACUCAUCCCUCUCGAGAUUCCACGUACUUCUCUGAAGGCUCUUUGCAUGAGGAGAUUCGUCACACGGUAUGUCUCGUCUCAAGUCACUACGAUCGCGUUGGUUUUCUCAUCUCACCGGACUCGCAGCAUCGACUCAAACUUCCGGAACGCCUAG